AUGGUUUUCGCCAACUUCUCAGAAGAAGACAAACAAGCGUUCUUUGAAUUGUUAGAUGAGUAUUUUGAAUCAAGACCCCACUUAUUUGGCGGUACAAAAUCAAAAGGUGCACCACCACCUGUGAUGCCACGACAACCGCCUCAGGAGCAGGUUGUAGCCUUGUAUGAUUACAAUGGUUCUGGUGAAGAUCUCUCGUUUAGGACUGGAGAUAGGAUGUCGGUAGUGGAUAAGCCAUCAUCUGACUGGUGGACGUGUAAAUUAGGUGCUCAGCAAGGAUUAGUACCUGCAAAUUAUAUAAAAUCAGCUUAAAUAUACCUUCUUUCCUUUGUACUAUGAGAUUAAAGAUCAUCUACGAUAAACAGAAAUACUUGA